AUGCACGACACAGUAGCCAGCGCAUGGACCUCCCAUGCCGCCAUGCGCAUGGCACUGCUACAAGAGCAGCUGAAGCGGACACUGGCAAAGCUCGAUGAAGGCGAUGGCCCUGUGGAUGACGCCUGCUCCGCAGCAGGCAGCCGACCCGGCCCAACUCAGGCAGUUCUGCUCAAACGGGCGGAGGCGCUGCAGGCCAAGCUAGACGCGCUCAAGGAGGAGGAUGCCGCCCAUCCGCUGCCGGUGGCGACAGCUUCGGUUGACGAUCUACAGUUGAGGGUCUUCCGAUGCGAUGGCUGCCGCUGUGACAUCAUCGAGCCCACCGCUCGCUUCCACGCCACUUGCGUCUCCGACUACGAUCUGUGCGCCGCGUGCGCCGCGGUCACGCCACUCACGGCCCAUCUGCCUGUCGCCGGCCUCGAUCUACCGGCGUACAUUGAGGUGACUCUCUCACGCAUCUCGGUCCAGGCUAUCAUCCGCACGGCUACGGCCGACGAGGCGCAGCGGAGUGUUCCCGCCAUCCUCGCCCUGGCCUUUGCCGGCUAUGGCCCGCGGCCGUGUCUCAUGGCCCAUCGUGACCCACUCUAUCUCCCGCCGGGCUCGGUUCUCACUUACGCUGAGGUCUACGCUGCGGCCCUUAACUUUGCUGCCGCGCUUGAGGAGCGUCUCGCGCCUCGCGCCACAGCUCAGCUCCGGAUCGGCAUCUGCGGCGCCAACUCGAUCCCAUGGUUCAUUGCGGAUCUCGGCUGCCUCCUCCGAGCCCAUACCGUCUUUCCCAUCCACACCGAUGCCCGUGAUGCAGUUCUCGCUGCGCUUCUUGGCUCCAUUGCGUUUGACGCGCUUGUGGUCGACGAUGCCCGGCUGCCACGGCUUGCAGCUGUCAUUACCAGCCUCGACGCCUCGCCGGUUCUUCUCCCAAUGUCGGCGGUCUACCACCCGGGCCACGGCAAGAGCGACGUCCGUCUGAUGCCACGGCAGGUGGCGGCUGGCGAGCUGGAGUCUUCGCUUGUUACUGUCGUCCACACCUCGGGCUCGACAGGCGUGCCCAAGGGCGCGCCUUUCUCACAGACACUCUGGGCGCGGCUCCUGCUCGACUCGAUGCACGCCCGACAUGAUCCGUUUGUUGUCCUCUCCAAGGACCCACUGGCACACAUCUCGGACCGCGAAGCCGUUCACUGCGCGCUAGUCUCAGGCGGCCGUGUCGGCGUCAUCUCGUCAAAAGAGACGCUGUUUGAGAACAUCCUCGCCUACGGCCCGUCGACCAUCUCGGCAACGCCGCGGUUCUGGAACGCCAUCUUCUCGGACUUUCAUCGCGAGCUGUUUGCGCGACUCGACGCUGCAGGCCUCCCGCGGAUCUCGAUCGACGCCGCGUGGUCGCAUUCGCGCUCCGAGUGGCGCUACGCCCCUCCGGCCACUGAAGCGGCAGUGGCCGAGCUUCGCUCCUCGGCCGUCGCCGCCCUCCCGCUGGAUGACAUGCCUCCAGCCGAGGCCGAAGCGUGGAGGAUAGCAUUGGAAAUGAUCGAGGCAUACGGCUCGCUGCUGGGCCCGCGGCUUACGUCGAUUGGAUGUGGUGGGGCCAAGUCAGACAACGCAGUCCUCGGCUUUCUACGCGCUGUCUUUGGGCCGAUCGUGAGCGACGGCUACGGCUCGACCGAGCUCGGCAACAUCGCCAACGACGCCGGCAUUGUCUACUCGCACAUCAUGUAUAAGCUCCGUCCACUGCCGGAGCUUGGGUACACGCUCGACGAUGUGCCGUACCCGCGUGGUGAGUUCCUCGCCAAGAGCCGCGAUCCACGGUUCAUGAUUACCUCGUACUACGGCGACGCUGGCAUGGUGCACGCCGAUGCCUGGGACGCCGAUGGCUACUUUCACACUGGCGACAUUGUCGAGCUGCGCGGCUCGCGCAAGAUCCGCAUCAUUGAUCGCAUCAAGUCGGUCUUCAAGCUCACCUCGGGCGUCCUCGUUGCCGCCGCCGCUCUCGAGGCCACCUACCUCUCGGCGCUUCCGGCCGUACUCCGCCAGGUUUUCAUCACCUCGGGCUCGUUUGGUACCCAGCAGGAUUCGGUGGCAGCGGUCAUCGUCCCACACUUUCCGCUUCGCCUCCCCGAUGGAAGCGAGUUGACGAGUGCAGCCGACUUCCGCGCAGCCGAUGCGAGUGUGCAAGCUGCGGCGUGCGAUGCGCUCAUCGCCGCUCUGGCUGGAGCUGCAGCCAUGGACAACAGCAACAUCUCGCCACAGGAGAUCCCAUUUGCGGUUGUCAUCGAGACGGAGCCGUUUUCGGUCGCCAACGGUCUCCUCACCUCGUCGCACAAGCCGGCGCGCGUGGCGUUACAAGCUGCGUACCAGGGCGCGAUUGACGCUGCGUGCUCGCGGGCAUCACUUGGAGCCAUGGUCGCCGACGUGCUUGGGCUCUCGGGCGUGGCACUCACCGACUCGUUUGUGGGCGCGGGCGGUGACUCGCUCACUGGUCUCCGCCUGGCAUCCAAGCUCAAAGCUGCGGGUAUCGAGCUGCCAGCGGAGGAUCUGGGCUUUUUGGCGGGCGACAUGUCGCUGCAGGAGGUUGCCGACUCGCUCGCAAGUGGCGGCGCGCCCAGCGUGUCGAACGGUGCCGCUCACACGGCGACUGCCGUCCUUGCUGACGUAGCGACCCCAUUUGCCACCCUUGAUUGUGAACCAGGUCCGAGCCGCGACAAUCGCGACGGCGUGCUGGUGACUGGCGCGACCGGACAUGUUGGGCGUGCGGUGAUUGACGCGCUCAUCGCGACCGGCUCGCAAGUGCGAGUGUUUGCCAUAGUGCGAGAAUCAAGUGCUGCCACCGAGGCACUUCCUGCUGGCGUCGAGAUGGUGAUGGGCGAUCUCACGCUUGCAGGCCUCGGCGUCGACGUCGAUGUGAUGACCAGAGCCGGGAUUAGGGCGGUUAUUCAUGCCGGCGCAUGGGUCUCGCACGUCCAUCCCUACGCGGCGCUGGCCGAAGCCAACGUCCAUGGGACGCGCCGUGUGUUGGAGAUGGCGCGAGCCAUCGGGGCAAGCUACGUCGUGCACGUUUCGACGGCUUCGGCAAGCGCGGUGCCUGCCGACGGGCCACGUGGCGACGAGGGCGGCUACGCACUCUCCAAGUGGGCGGCAGAGCGGGUUUGCGUGGCGGCGCGGGCUGAGCUUCGGCUCACGAUCCCGAUUGUCCGACUCGGAAUGGUCGGCCCGGACUAUGCCAGCGGGCGCGGCAACGCGCGCGACUGGUUCUCGGCUCUUGUGGACGGGAUGGAGGAUCAGGGAGCAGUGCCGGUGUCGGAUGCCAGCAUCCGGCUUGUUGAUGCCAAGGUGGUGGGCCGCGUGCUGGCGGGACUGGCAUGGGCACAGACACCACUGACAGCUGUGGCAGCUAGCGGCGGGCCGGAUCCACUCGAGGUCGAAGGCCGACAGCAAGUGGCGUUUGCGCGGAUGUACGCCUGA